UCCUCGUGUAACCGAUUCUCAAUGCCAGCCACCGGCUACGUCGUGCCCGACCUUGAUGACGGGCGGCCCGUGCGUCGCAAAGGCAGCAGCAACGCCCACGACCUCGUCGACGAGUCGACGCCGCUGUCGGCCUUGCGCCGCAAGCCGCCGCGUGGUCUUUGGAGUCCGGCCCACCGCUCCAACGGAGACAAGCCGGCGGACCCAGAAACGGCGUCAACGGUUGAUGACGAGGCGCCGAUGGCCAUCGAUCUGACCUCCAAGCCCUUGACCAACGAUGACCCCACGCCGAGUGACGACCCCGCAUCGACGCCCCAAGAGACCACAGACGCGCCAACAACGACGAUCCAUCCGACCACAGAAGCGCCAGAGCCAACGGAGCCCGCAACCGCUGCGCCGACGCUUCGUCCAACGGAAGCACACACACCGACCGAGACACUAUCGGCAACAACGCCACCGCCGGCACCGACGGCGUUGGCUACUUCGGUGGCGGCCUCGGUCGGCAGCAGCACAUCGACCCCACCACCACAGCCUUCCCUCCGCCGCCCUACACUCGGUAUCCCUUGCGAGACGUACAAAGUGGCAACGUAG